GUGGUAGAAAAGAAGAGGUUGUUACCAGGGAGUACACAAUCAACCUCCACAAGCGUCUCCAUGGCUGUUCUUUGGCAGAUUUAAAAGGUUCGUCAAAGAGUUUCCCAAAGCAUGAGACACGGCACCUUUCCGAACACAAGAUGUGCUAAGUUUAGUCCUGAUGGAAGGUUUGUUGCCACCGGAAGUGCAGAUACAUCAAUAAAGCUAUUUGAGGUUUCAAAGAUCAAGCAGACGUUGCUCCCAGAUGCAAAGGAUGGUCCUGUGCGGUCUGUUCUAAAAACAUAUUAUGACCAUACACAACCAAUAAAUGAUCUGGAUUUUCAUCCGCAAGGUACUAUCCUGGUUUCUGGAGCCAAAGAUCAGACAAUAAGGUUUUUUGAUGUUUCAAAAGCCAAUGCCAAGAGAUCAUACAGGCUUAUCCAGGACACACACAAUGUUCGCUCUGUAUCUUUUCACCCCUCAGGAGACUUUCUGUUGGCAGCUUCAGCAAUCAUAAGAUCCAAGGCUCCUAGGAGACCCCUAUGCCCAUUCAAGUGGCCAGGUGAAGUUAAAAGCAAGCAUGAAAAUGGUUCAUAAAGCUCUCAAUCAUCAUAUAUGCCUCUCAAGUAUCUCAAUUUGUCAAUCGGAUCAAGUUAAACCAAAGGGCUUGAGGCUUGUUUCCCAAGGAAACCCUAAUUCAUCUAUGCAUCAACUGUGCCUUGCUCAUGAAGCAACCUCAACCCAUGAUCAAAUGCAAUCAAGGGAAGUUCUUUCAUUCAUCAUUUCCUGCAUAUUUAAGCUUGUGAGUGUCCUAAAUCAUAAACUCAUCAAUAUUUGAAGUUUGGACUUGAGAAAUUGGUCAGUCAAUUCAUCUAACUAUUUUGAAAUCUACCGAGACCUAACUUUUGAUGUGUUUGUCAAAUGAAUAUGACCCCAAGAGAAAAAAAUGUUCUUAAUAACCAUAUGAACAACUUCCAUAUUCAUCAAAAAUUGAUUUGAAGCUUAGAAGGUCAGCAUUCAUUUCAAAACAUUAUAGGUGAUUUUGACUGAAACCCUAAUUUUGGGUCAACUUCCCAAGGAGAUAACUCGCUCAUUUUUCAUUAUUUUGAGGUGGGAUCAAAUGAAUUGGAAAGUUUAAGAUGUCUAAUUCAUUUGUUAUGUUGAACAAAAUUUCCUAAUCCUAAAAGAAACACAUGUGAUAAUACAAAACAUUCUAGGUCACUUUGGGCCAAAGUCAUUGAAAUGUGAAAAAGUCCAACUUCAAGUGCCCAUAACUUUCUCAUAAAAAUCGAAAUGAUGCAAAAUUUAAGUCCAACUUGAUUGUCUUAAAAAUAUCUACAACUUUUGGUGUUGAAAGUUUUGUCAUUUGAGGCUUCCAUCACUGAAAUAGAAGGGCGUGAAGUUGGUCCAUCUUGGCAAAAUUCUCAUAUGCAUGUUUUGCACCUUGAACUUCAUGAUCAAUUUUCAUAAAUUUCCCAACUCCAAAUGGAUUUUUGUUCAAUAUAACAAUUGUUCCUCAUGUCAAGACGUUUCCAACCAUUACCCACAUGACCAUGUUUCAAUUUGGCAAGGUGCAUUUUCGAAGAGGAGAAGAUUUAUGUGCAUUUAUGGAAACAAUGAUGAAAUUUCAUACACAAGCCAAUGCCAUCACAUUGGCACGUCCAAUUCAUCUUGCUUACAUCUGAACACUCCAUUUCCAUUGCAUUUGGGCCUCUCAUGCGCCUGUACAGGGCCAUGCAUGGAGGCCCUCAUUUCAUGCACACAUGAAUUUUGCAUUGUUUGCCUCAUCAUUUGCUAUAAAUAGAGAUGCCCAGCUUCAUUCAUGAUCAACCUUAAGGCGCCUAAACUGCUGCAGAAUUGAAUCCUCACCCUCACCUAAACGAAUUUUGCAUUUUCUCUUCAAUUUUCAGUUUCAAUUUUCAACUUCCUUGGUUGCUUAUUGAACUCUAAUUCCUUUGCCUAGCUCUAUUUCCAUAUCAAGAACACACUGCUAUCAAGAGUUUGGAAGGAUCGAGCCUCAUAGAGCUGCACUUAAAAGGUUGUUGUUCAAACUUUUUCAAUUCGAAACUCACUGGAUCCUCCUCAUUUCUUGUGUUUGUUGGCUCCUCUGAAGUCCUCUCAUAAGAGGCAAUUGAUUGGUGUACUUAAUUUCAUGAAUCCAUCAAGUUCAAGUUGAACACCAUAAACCUCCACCUCAGAUUUCUCUUCAUAUAGUAAUCUUAAGAGGAAGCCAAUGGCACAGGGGUGAUGUACAUCACCCCAGCUCUCCAAUGAUAUGAGGAUCGUGCAUUUUCAUUAAGUUUUCAUAACCUGCAAAUGUCACCGGAGCUGGCAUGCUCGCCGGAGAAGACGGUGGUGUACACCACCGUCCACCAUGCCAGAUUGAAUCUGGACCAUUGAUUGUUAUUUCCAGAUCUAGUCUAUGUCAUCCAAUGUUAUGACUUUUAAUAAUGCUGCAUGUUUCGCCUUUGACUCUGGAUCACCAUGCACGCGCACAUGAGGGCCUUUGGAUGUGCCACCUCAUUUAAUGAGCUUGAUCCAACGCGCCAGGCUUUUUGCAUUUUCUGAUUUAUUUAAUUUUAUUUCAAAAUUUCAUAUGUCUUUCAUUUUAAAUCCAAAAAAUAU